AUGUUUUAUAUAAAUUAGUUAGAGUUACACAAAUUUAAGAUAAGUAUAAUUUAACAAUACGCCGGUCAAAAUAACUGUGAUAAUUUCUUAGAAAUACGUGUAGUUCUUUUUUUUAACAAUCUAUUCACAUGUGUCAUGUGUCGCGUGUCUCCGAUCUCAAGUUUCGAGCAUUCGUGAAAUCAGCUGAUCGGAGAGCAUGGUACGCGUUAAUCGUUUUUUCUAACCAAAAAAUUCAUACAAAUGUAACGACGUGAUAUGUUUCAUGUGUAAUGUGUGUCAGCAUUAUACGAUUAAAUGAUCCUGAUGAACAAGAUUAGAUCACGCGCAAAGGUCGGUGGUAGACAUUAAUAGACGUGCCUUUACUAGAGAUGAGGUUAGAACGGCUAACAUAACCUCGAAUAAGUGAGCAACUUUUAUAAAGACUAAUAAAAAAAUGAUGAAUGGCAGUGUGCGCUUUCUCAUUUAUAAUUUUUUAAGUGCUAAAUCUACUAAUUGCUGCUCUUGUGUAUAUAAUUGUUAUAUAUUUUCCUGUGAUUAAUUAAAGUCAAGUGGAAUGUCAAAGCGAAGAGAAGAUGAAAUAAGUUUAUAUGUGCAUAAGAAAACUAAAAGAAUAUCGCAGUGUGUGAUUUACUAUUGUUUAUAACUUUUUAAAUACACCCAAACUACACUGUUCUCUUAUAUAUGUAAUUAUUAUAUAUUUUUCUACGGCUAAUUAAAGCAAAAAGAGGAAUAAUGAUGUGUGUAUAAGAAAACUGUAAUAAUAUUGAAUAUUGUAUCCAAUUUAUAUAGUUAACAAUUGUUAUAUUAAAUAAUCGAAAUACUGGCAGUAUUUUUGUAAAAUGCAUUGCAUACACAAGAUUUUAAGUAUUGCGCAGCGAAAGCUGCAAGUAUAUAACAAAGUCGAUACAAUCAAUAAGACCACAGGGAUGCUACAAAAUAUUAUUUGUCGUUUAAAUCAUAAUUCAGAGGAAUUAUUUGUAAGAGAUGAAAAGGAACAGCGAGCAUAUACCGAGAUCGCCAGUCGUUUUUUAGGCAUUGCAGUCGGUGGACACAGGACAUUUAUUUUACAACCAUAUAUAAAAUGGGGUAGAGAUAAAAAGAGGAACACUUCGCCAGAGCUACAAAUGGCAGAAUCUGUAGCACUAAUAAACACCUUACCCAACUGGUGCGUAGUUGGUGCAAAGUACGCCCCCUUGCUUUCAUUGAGGAAGAAACAAUUGCUUGGUUCCGGCGCAUUAGAAAAUUUAAAAAAGGAAUUAUACAAAUCCGAAAAUCCCACUGCUAUAUUUGUUAGUACUAACCUAUUGAAAUUCAACCAAAUCAUGGAAUUGGAGAAGAUCUUCGGUUUACCAGUAUACGAUCGUUAUUCUAUAGUCGUCCACAUAUUUCGCGAGCACGCGAAGACCGCGGAGGCAAAGCUGCAAGUAGCUUUAGCGGAAAUACCAUAUAUUCGGAAAAAAAUAUUUGAAACAUGCGUCAAUCACAGCGGCAUAAUAAACGUGACGGAAGAGACAAAAUUGAUGCUCGAUAGCAAAGAAAAGAAAUUGAAGUACGAAUUGAAAAAGCUGCAGCAGCAUCGACAAAUUAUCAGAAACCAGCGGAAGAAGCAUGGCUUCCCCACGGUUGCUGUAAUCGGUUACACGAACGCGGGGAAAACUUCCUUGAUAAAAGCGCUCACAGAUGAUAGCUCUCUGCAACCUAGAGAUAAAUUAUUCGCAACCCUUGAUACGACUGCGCAUCAAGGCAUUUUGCCCAAUAGAUUAAAGAUAUUGUACAUGGACACUAUUGGAUUCAUUCAAGAUGUACCGGAAACUCUGAUUGAGCCAUUCGUCGUGACUCUAGAAGAUGCUAUAAUUGCUGAUGUAAUAAUUCAUAUAUAUGACAUCAGUCAUCCUGAUAUGGAGGCGCAGUAUCAGCAUGUUCGGCAAACGAUAAAACCCAUGUUAGGAACUCAGCCAGUAAUCGACGUCGCUAAUAAGUGCGAUCUUGUUCAAAGCGAUUGCAUACCCAAAGAUGCGAUUGCCGUCUCUGCUAAGACUCUAACAGGAAUCGAUUUGUUGCGCUUGAAAAUACAGGAGGUCCUUUUAACCACUACUGGACUGUUAAACAUGCGCAUGAGAGUAAAAUCGGGCAGCCCUGCGGCCGCCUGGUUGUAUAAAAUGACAACAGUGACAAAUGCCGAAUCAGAUCCGAAUGAUGCUCAAUAUUUAAUUCUACGAGUACUUGCUACUUCACUCGAUAUUAACAAGUUUAAGAAAUUUUUAAAGCAAUAAAAUAGUUUAUAUCAUC